AUGAUCAUUACUAUUAAUUUUAUUUGUUUUUUAGACAAUUCUUCAGAAGUUUUAGAGAAUGAGAUUGACACUGCAACUCCAAGGACGUUUCGAGCAGGUCAUCAUUUCCAACAUUUCGAACCAAUUCCCAAUAUUACUGAUGAUCAAGAGCAGUCAACAACAUCCAAUGACCAGAAAGCUGCACCAGAGAAGCAGACUGUCAACAAUUCAACUUUGGCUUACUUAAGAAGCUCUACAAGUACAAAGCUGAUACCAUCUAUAUACAUCAUAGUGAUUCUCAUUGGUAUUCCCGCUAACACUCUCGUCUUACGGAUGCUGUUUUCAAAGACCAGAACUGUGUGCACGGCAAUAUUUUACACCAACUUGGCCAUAUCCGAUUUACUUUUCUGCCUCAUGCUGCCCUUCAAGGCGGCAUAUCACCUGAAUGGGAACAACUGGAUAUUUGGUGAAGCAAUGUGCCGAAUUGUGACUAUAUGCUUCUAUGGGAACAUGUAUUGCUCAAUUCUGCUCCUCAUGUGCAUUAGUGUGAGCCGCUACGUCGCCAUUGUCCACCCAUUCACAUACCGGAGUUUACCUAAGCGGACAUAUGCUGUUCUCCUGUGUUGCUUUGUGUGGAUUACUGUCCUCAUGUUCAUGAUACCAUUUUUCACAAAGCAGCAGACAUAUAACUUGAAUGAACUUCAGCUGAUAUCAUGCAACGACAUAUAUGAAAUAUCUGCUGACAAAUUUCAGUUCAAAUAUUUUAUAUCACUUGCUGUGUUUGGGUAUCUCAUUCCUUUCACCAUGAUAAUAUUCUGUUACUUCUCCAUCAUAAGAACUCUGGGGACCCAAGAACACAAACGAUUAAUGUACCUUAAAAUAACCAUCCUGCUUCUGCUUAUAUUUGCCUUGUGCUUUACACCAAGUAAUAUCAUUCUCAUUGUUCACCAAGUCAAUUAUCACUACAGUUACAAGGAUGAACUUUUUGGAAGCUAUCUCAUAGCACUGUGUUUCAGCAGUUUGAACAGCUGCCUAGACCCUUUUCUCUAUUUCCUUAUGUCUGAGAUAACAAAACUAUCCAAAACCUACUCUGAAAUGCAUAAAGUGUCUAAUGAAACACACAUGAAACUUUUGGGAUCGUAA